AUGACUCAAUCUAAUCAACUUAAAAAGCAUCGUUCAGCUAUUAGUAAUGACGUUAAACGCCAAAUCUGUGAAUGGGCAGAGACUAAUAAAAAUAAAACGCAUAUAGAAAUUGCGAAAUAUUUUAAUUAUAAGUACCCAAACUUGACAAUUGAACAAUGUACAAUAUCAAAAAUUUUAUUACAAAAAGAUAAAUGGAAAACUGUACUGGAAAAUGAAAAAUCUAAUAAAAUAUUUAAGCAUAAACCAGUUAAGUUUCCUAUGCUUGAUCUAAAUUGUAAUUUGGAACAGAUUUAA